GCGAGCCACGCCGGCGCUCCGGGACCUGCUGCGUUGAGGCGGGCCGGGAGGCAUGGCUCGGCGUCGGGGGCGCUCCCCAAUGGGAUUCCUCGCGUGUCAGGAGCCGCUGCUUCUCCUGCUCUGCGCAAACUUCUUCCCCGCUUUUGGCCAUGUAGAAACCCGGGCGCAUGCCGAAGAACGUCUCCUGAAGAAACUUUUCUCUGGAUACAACAAAUGGUCCAGACCCGUCGCUAAUAUCUCUGAUGUUGUCAUCGUACGUUUUGGAUUGUCCAUUGCUCAGCUUAUAGAUGUUGAUGAAAAGAACCAAAUGAUGACCACAAAUGUUUGGGUGAAACAAGAGUGGCAUGAUUAUAAGUUACGUUGGGAUCCUGAAGAAUACGAGAACGUUACGUCGAUACGAAUCCCAUCCGAGCUUAUUUGGAGACCAGACAUAGUUCUUUACAACAACGCCGAUGGGGAUUUCGCAGUCACCCACCUGACCAAAGCCCACCUCUUCUAUGACGGUCGGAUUAAAUGGAUGCCUCCUGCCAUCUACAAAAGCUCCUGCAGCAUCGACGUCACCUUCUUUCCCUUUGACCAGCAGAACUGCACCAUGAAGUUCGGUUCGUGGACUUACGACAAGGCCAAGAUAGAUCUAGAAAGCAUGCACCGCCAUGUGGAUCAGCUGGAUUACUGGGAGAGCGGCGAAUGGGUGAUCAUCAACGCCGUGGGCAACUACAACAUCAAGAAGUACGAAUGCUGUUCGGAGAUCUAUCCAGACAUCACCUACUCCUUCAUCAUCCGGCGUCUCCCUCUGUUCUACACUAUCAACUUGAUUAUUCCUUGUCUCCUGAUCUCGUGUUUGACCGUCUUGGUCUUCUACUUGCCUUCUGAAUGUGGGGAGAAGAUCACCCUAUGCAUCUCUGUCCUGCUCUCCUUGACGGUCUUCCUUCUUCUCAUUACCGAGAUCAUUCCCUCCACGUCCUUGGUCAUCCCCUUGAUUGGAGAGUACCUCCUCUUUACCAUGAUCUUCGUCACUUUGUCCAUCAUCAUCACCGUCUUCGUGCUGAACGUCCACCAUCGUUCUCCUCGGACCCACACUAUGCCCGAUUGGGUGCGAAAGGUUUUCCUUGAUGUCGUCCCGCGCCUUCUCUUCAUGAAACGCCCUUCGACAGUCAAGGACAACUGCAAGAAGCUCAUCGAAUCCAUGCACAAAAUAGCCAACUCGCAACGGUUUUGGUCGGAGACGGAAGUGGAACCCAACUUCAUCACCUCGUCAUCCAACAGCCCGCAGAGCAACGAACAGUCCCCUACGUCGUCCUUUGGAACCCAACUGGAGGACCAAAAAAGUCCGCAGCCGGUGUGUAAGUCACCCUCUGGCCAGUAUUCGAUGCUGCACCCAGAACCCAUCCGAGGUAGUUGCACCUCACUCCAGCCUCCCAGUCACCCCCUUGGAGACCUCCAGUCUAGCUCAAUGUGUAAAGGCCGGUCCUUAAGCGUCCAGCAGAUGUACAGCAGCCCAGGAAAAGCAGAAGAAGGGACCAUACGUUACCGAUCCAAGAGCAUCCAGUAUUGCUACCUGCAAGAAGAAGCUUCCCAGACCAACGGCCAAUCCAGUGGGUCACCAGCAUCCCCACAGUGCCAUCUGAAUGUGGACCAGCCUAAAGCCAAAGCUACCCAUUGUAAAUGUAAAUGUAAAAAGAAGGAAUCUGCCAGCACUUCGGGACAAGGGAGCAAAACUCAUAAGGAGCAACAGUUUUUGCUCAUGUCACCUGCCUUGAAGUUAGCCGUGGAAGGCGUGCAUUAUAUCGCAGACCACUUGAGAGCAGAAGACGCUGAUUUCUCAGUGAAAGAAGACUGGAAAUAUGUGGCCAUGGUCAUUGACAGAAUAUUCCUCUGGAUGUUUAUCUUAGUCUGCUUGCUGGGAACGGUGGGACUUUUCCUCCCGCCUUGGCUGGCAGGGAUGAUCUAGGAACGGUCCACCCUGGAAACGGAAUCGAUUAAGUUCAGCAGAUCUAAGUCAACCCCGGAAAGCUCAAGCUUUCAUCUCGGGCUGGCUGCUAUCCCAUAAUUUACCAUCACAUCAGCGCAUGACUUUUUUCCUAGAAGCUCUGGGAUGGCCUUCCAAGGUUGCAUCAUUUGCCUAAAACCAUGGUCAUCAUCUAUAUCUCUUUGAGGGGGUUGGGGUGGGAGGGAAAGGGCCGGUUCCAAUUGCAUGAUGGCAUUAGUUGUCCUGUAGAAUCCUGAGAAUCCAGGCAGGUUCCCUUAUGGAACUACCAACCUAAAGGCACUCAAGAGUCCAAUAAGCCCAUGGAGAAAUAUCGCCCUCGGGCUUGAUUUGAAGUGUAGUCUCCAGAACUGUACGGGUUCUAAACGCAAAGUCUCGGGCAUGCAUCCUUGCGCUUUAAAAGUAAGGCAUGCUGCCAACUAAGGCGUGUUCUGUCUCCUUCCCCACUUCAGACCCACGAGCUGGCCUUCAGCCAGUGGAUUCACGGCUCUUAUCAGUCCUGGCAGAGAAAUCGCAGCUGCCUGCCAAAGUUCAAACAAAUGACUCACAUAGCAAGACUUUCAGCUGUUUUUGAAACGAAUCAGCUAAACUUUGCUUCCCGUGGAGUGAGAGCAGUUCCAAAGCUCCUUAUAUAUCCUGUGGGGUGGGGCUCCUGCCCCACCCUUCCUUUUGAUGACGCCGCCUGUCUAAUCUUCUGAAGCGCGGGUUAAUCCAAGCUUGAUUAUUAUUAUCAGCUGGGUCUGAAGGCGUAGCUUGGGGAAGGGAGGAAUCAGGGGAUGACGGCCUCAUUAUGUCCUCCAACUGGUCUGGUUUUGGCUCCUUGAGCCGAGCCAAAGGAAUCGGUGCUCCCAAGGUAAGCCUUACCGGCCCUUCCCUCUCACUCUUGGAGUCACUUUCGGGCAUGGGGCCAGGUUCGGGGGCUGGAGUCACAACAAGGCAAUGCAUUUUGAUUCUUGUGACUUUUGGCGGUGGGAAAUGAAAAGUCAAGGAUGCCGGAGAAACGCGUCCCAACUUUUUAGUCAUAGAAGAAAGUAGAGAAAAGAAAUUUUGUAGGUCAGUUCCCUACUUGGAUUGUGUCCAGGGAAUAGCUUAUCUGUCCACUGAAGCGUUGAGCAGAGGAGUCAGAUGGCGAAGGUUUUGCGGAGCCUUAUACCUCUUGAGAUUAUAGGGAGGGGCGAAGUUUUUCAUAGACGCAAAUGCAUCAGGAAGAAAGAUAGGUUAGGAUGCUUCUAGAAGAUCUGCUCACUCUAAAAUUGCAGGCAGCUUUUAAAUCGCAGGAACUCUUCUAGCAGAAGGAAGCUUUAUUUGCAGUUGAGAGGGAAAGUCCAGCAAAUGUAUCUCUGAAACAUGACAUCCAGUUGAAGAGAGAGCUGCAGGCAGCAGCUCAUCAUUAUAUGAUGGCAUCAGAUGAAGUUCUGAAAAUUUGAAAAGCAUCUUUACGGCGAGACCCAAUUUGAUGUUGUAGCUAAAGGCGCUGGACUAGAAUCCAGAAAACGAUGAGUUUUAAUCCUGCCUUAGUUCCAAAGCCAACUGGAUGACUUUAGGCCCCUCAUUCUCUCUCAGCCCCUGGAAGAAAAACCCAACGUCAAAUGACUUCCCAAAAACAUUGCCACAAAAAUUGCAUAGAGCCAUCCAGGCCAUAGCCAGGAGUCAAGGCUAACUGGAAGGCACCAGACCACAACUUUAGCCUACCAAUAAGAAGAGAAUCCUUCUACGGAAUGGGCUAAAGGCAUUGGUCAAGUUGGUUCAAUAGCAAGCAGAGCUCAAAAGUGAUCCCAGAAAUACAUUUCCUUGGAUUAGCAAUGCAGUAGAAGUACCAACUUUGCAAGUUUUAGGAGUAGAAAGUUACAGUAGAUAUCAGGCUACCAGGGAACAUGAGUUGAAAAGUGUGAUUGCAUUUGGGUCCAAUUGGUGGGCUUUGAAUUACAGAGUUGGGAGUGACCUUGGACAGGGGUGAAAUGUAAAAUUUGUUACUACCGGUUCUGUGGACGUGGCUUGGUGGCAGGUGGUAAUGUGACUGGGUGGGCGUGGCCAACCUUUUUUUUUUUACUUUUAAAAGCAUUUUUUCUACAACCUCUUCGGCCGAAGAAGUUGUAAAAAAAUGCUUUUAAAAGCCUCUGAUGAUCCCAGCUGAGUUGCCUGAUCAUCAGAGGCUUUUCUUUUCUUUUAAAAACA